AUGCUAUUACCAGAUCCCUAUUCCAGGCGAACAGUGGAGGUCGGCGACGUUGGAUAUAUAAAUAAUAGCGGCAUCUUCAUUUAUACAUUCAACCUUUUUCUCCCGAGCAACGAUCCUUUGAACCAGUUGUUUCCAAAGAAGCUGCCAGAGGGAUACUUCCCAUUGGAUCCUCCCACCGACGAUGAGAUUCUGAAAAUACCUGAUUAUUUUGCGCCUGGAUCUGUUAUUGUAAGUAAUGGUGUCGAUGUCACUCGGGUUUCCGAGUCUCCUCUUCACCUCAAGUUCAGGUCUUCAGAGCCAGAAGCGGUCGCCGUUGUACUGCCUGAUGGUGCCAGCAGAGAAGACUUCAAAGGAAUAUCUCGCUUACAGGAAUACCUAAAGACACAUGCUGAACGUUGGAUACAAUAUUUGAACAACGGAAGACACUCGUAUUCCGUUCCCAACGGUGGCCUUUAUGUUGUCACAGGAUUUGAUAAAGCGCCAUCGCACUCAACGGCUCUAUUCCCCCAUAAACGCUUUCUAGGAAGCAGGCACAUAUCUUUUGAAUUCUCAAAUAAUUACAUGCAGUGUGCCAGUAAGUCUGGGAUCGUAUCUUAUGAGGGGAGAAGCUACGAGGGGGUUAAUCUUCAGAACCAUUGUUUAUUUAUUCGCGGGAUACGGAUAGCGCUUUCCGACCUUGAGUGGAAUGUGCAAAUCGACGGAAUACAUUCCGACAAUACCCCCGUUUCGCAAUUGCCCUCGACUCCCCCUAUCUCAGACCUGGUGCUUCCCGCCAAGACAGAUGACGAAGAGCCUCUUCAACUUGAGGCUGGGAUCAAUAACAAGGAAAUAAACCACAGUAUCGACAGUGACAGUGUGAAUAGCGACAUUGUUCAAAACAACAACGUCGAAGUCCGUAAUCAACCAGAUGCUAAGCUGGCUUUCGUUGAUGAUUACACAUGGUCAAGAUUUGCAAAGAUUGAUGCGAAGGUUGCGCUUGGUAAACCCUCCAAGGCACCGUUAAUUUCUAGGUGUAUGCAGAGUGGCUUUAUUUCUGAUUGGGGCACUCUGCUAGAGGCCAUGUUUAAAUCCUGUCUCAUUGUCGAGACUGACGGGAUUUUGAUUAUUAACCCUAAACAAAGCAACAACUUUAUCUUGAAUUUCUUGUUUGACAAUUUACGAAAGCGACUUGGCUCAAGGCACUUAUCAGCAGAACCUGUUUGGGCUACGGACCUCAUUUUAGAACUGGUUCGUCAAGUGGUAGAUAUGGGCACAUCCCUGAAUUUCCCGUCGGAACGCGUUUUCCAAAUCGCGAGGCGAUGUACAACUGCGGCUUUCACGUUACACUCCAAGCUGGAAUUCAAGGUCGCGAAGCUGCAGGAGCUUGCUCUGUUGUACUGUAUGAGUCAUUUCAAGCUGAUAUCCGGAGGUUACGAGGACGAUGUAGAUCUUGGCUACGAGUUUACAUAUACAGGACAUGGCGGCCAGUUGCCGAUGCAAAAUAAAGACAGAUCACAGAAAAAAGAUCAAGAAUGGAAACACGGAAACCUUGCUUUAAAAACGUCAUGUAAAUUGCGCAAACCAAUUCGCGUUAUUCGGGGCUCUAGACUUCUGUCCCGAUGGGCUCCUGCAGAAGGAUACCGCUAUGAUGGGCUCUAUAACGUUACCGAGUAUGGCAGAAAACCUGGGAGAAGUGGACAUCUUGUUUGUCUGUUCCGGUUCGAGCGGUGCCCAAAUCAACCUCCACUCCCAGAGCCCACGGGUCCACGACAGGAACCUCGAACUCUUCGACAUAUAUCCCCAUCAACCGCUUCACGUCCAUCAACCCCUUCUCUACCGGCCAAAAAACGAAGAAGAAGCUCUGAGGAGGCGGACGCAAAUCGAACGUCGAAGAAAUUGAAGUCAUCAACAAAAUAUGAACCUCUAUUCAUUGAAGGAUCGUCUAAAAAAGUCCUCGGAGCCUCACCAGGCGUAUAUGCCAGACAGGAUUAUCAAGAAUCGCCUGGUUCAGGUCGCGGGUCGCUGCAAAUGUCACCGGAGUUUAGAAAGGAUUUCUCUGAAGGCCCAGCAUCUUCAUACGGAGGAAAGGGGAAAUCCGCUGAUCUCUUUUCUCUCGGCGCCGGAACGGACAAUGAUGAGAUAGACGAUGAAGACAUGUAUAUGUCAGAUGAACGUGACGCUGGCAUAAACCACGUUGUCUCGGAGCCUGAAACCAGGGUCAAAGUCGAAGACGUCUACACAAACUAUCUGGUCUCAAAAGAGCUCGAAGGAAAUCUCGAAGACGAUGAUGACAUCGACCUUCUUGAAGUCGAUCUCGCCUAUCCUGACGAAAAUGAAUUGUUGUCGCAAGGGUUAUUUCCGAUCUCCUCUUCCCCCGUCCAAAUUUCUUCCGGCGAUUGUCCAUCCGAGUAUGAUGAAUUCGAAGCCAAGCAGGAAGAUGAUGAAAACAAUGUUGAAUUCACAUAUGAGAGUCAAGAAGCGACAUUCGAAACCGAGGAUGAAACAACUAUGAUUGAUAAGGAGGGGCGAUUCUAUGGUAGCGAAAGAGAGGAAGAGGAGGAGAAAGACGAUGAAGCUGCCCGCUAUGCCGAUGUGAAAUACCAUUCCGGGUCAGAGGAUGAAGGAUCAGCCAGACGCGAGAAAGAAGCCGAUGGUGCUAUUAUCAAGGUUAAGAAGGAAGAAGAGGCCGACAAGGGUGUGGAGGAGGACGAUGGCGAUGACGAGGAAGAAGAUAGCGACGACGACGACCGCGAUUUUUAUAGGAAAAUUCCUCUUUUCCAGUACGCGGUCCGCUCAGCAGGUCCGCUAAGUCGGCGCAAAAGAAUAGUUAAAGAAGACGAAGACGAAGGCUCUUCAGAUUCCUCAGACGAGGGCGAGAGCGACCCUGGUCCAGCGCCUCCAAUUUCCAUAAACCAUAAGCCAAGCAGCGCUGUCGAAUCCUCAAAAUAUGAGGCCGACAACUCGUCGUCGAACAUGGAUGGCGGUGACCUCGUGAAUGAGCUAGCUGCAGAUCUUGCAUCCCCAGUAGCAUACACUGCAUCAGACUUUGGCAACACUUUAUAUUCCGCUGACUCUCCACCAUACGCCGCAGAUGAUGCUGCGCAAAGUCUCGUAGGCAGUACUGCUUCAUUCAAGACUCCACCCUACGUCGUAGACGAUGAGGCCGAAGUCCUCGUCGACCCGAAGUCGAACGACCAGGCGAACAAUGCCACAUAG